GUUUUUUCUUUGUUUUUGCAGUAAUUCUGGUGAAUCACCUAUCAAUCUGUGACGCUUACGUUAAGCGGGUUCGAGAAUUAAUUGAAGAAUUGAAUCCGCCUCGUGUGAUACCUUCGCGAUGGAAAAAUCUCGGAAGCUCAAGACUUUGAAAGAGACAGGAAUGCUGCUGAAGCAUCUGGCCAACAUCCGCGGCCUGCACGUGGAAUGUUCAGCUUGUAAAAAGCUACGAUUUCUACCGGAUGUGCACGAUCCCCAACUGUUGCCCGUGCGUUGGCUCUGCUCUACGGGCCACUGGCAUUGCAAGGAUCCCGAGGAGCACCCCAGCCAGACGGAUCCCACUUAUGCUGCGGCUGAAGGAAAAUUGUUGGACGCCACUUUUGUUCUGGGUUCUGUUGUUUGGGCCAAGUUCCCGAAACAAGCAUCGCCACGAAACCGAUCUUGGUUCCCGGGGAUGAUCGAUGAUAACUAUGACAUCAAUGAAUAUUAUUGGCCGCCCGUGGAAGUUAUGCGCGAGGGAGCUGCAAUAGAGCAGUAUUUCGUCAUGUUCUUCAAUCACAAGCUGGAUCGUUUCUGGGUCAACGCUCGUGACGUGAAACCAUUUUCUGAGUCCCGAAUCGUUAAAUCGUGGAUCAGAGAAAAUACCGCCGAGCUCCGAUACGCGGAAAAUAUGGCCACUGCUGCGGCCUGCUUGCCAAUCGAAGAACGAAGAAUCAAGUAUUCAUACCUGACAUUGUCGCCUCAAUUUCGUGGCAUCCUCGCAAAGGAGCCAAUGGAUACGGAAAUUCUUGUGGUCGAAAACGAUGUAGACGAGAAAAUGGGUUCCCCGGAGGACUCGAAAGUCGAACCACCGAUCGUGAAGAAGUUGAUCGAAGAAUAUUUCAAGGAUUUCGCGGAAUUCGUUCCUCGAGUAGGCGAAGAUGUUGUCAAGCCGUUGCCCGGGUCGACAUUGAGAAAAUCCGCGGAUCGAAAGAAACAGACCGACGUGAAAGGUUCUCGCAGGGAAAAGGCUAAAGGACAAGUCAAGGAUUCCGUGAUGCCGCAACGUGUUCGUUCUUCUGAUAUUUCUGCUAGAGCAGAAUCUGGGAGAAAAGAAAACGCGUUCCGAGUGGAGGAACAAACCGAACCACAGGAAGAGCAGAGUUAUGCUGAAAGUCCAGAAGGCCAGAAACCGUCAGAAAUGGCCAGAAGACGCAGUGCGAGAUCAGCAGUUGCGAAAUCGGUCGAACCUCCCCCCAUUCGGGAACGAAAGGUUGAAGGUAAUGAUCGUGUGAGAUCUUCCAAGCGAAAUCAAGCCUCUGACUUUAAGCAGAAGCAGAAUCUCGAGAAAUCUUCUCUGAAAACGUCGAAAUCCGGGGAAAGUGUCGAAGCGCCGGUCAGAGUGAUGAAGAAAAAAAUCUUGGUGAAAAGAACGAAGCGGACUCGAGUUUCGACUAUUAAAACGACCAAACCAGUGAUUUCUAAACCGAGGGAGUCGAAGGAUAAUCAAAAUGUUACCCCUAAAAUGCGUGAAAAAGCUCCAACUAAAUCGGGAGGUCGUGCUAAAAAAACCAGAAAAAUCGUGGAAGAAGAAGCGACUGCACGGGAAAGCACCCCUGAGAUCGUGCCCUCAUCUGGAAUCUCGAAUCCGUUCACUACAUUGAAAAACUAUGCGAGAAAUCUGUUCGGCGGCGGUGAUGAUGAUUCUUCGGAUAUUGAAGACCAGAAACCGCCUUUGAGCGAUAUUCUUAUUGAAGAAGUGACGGAAUCCUCAGAAGAGGCGUCUAGAGAAUAUAAUUGCGAAGCUAUCGUUGAAUGCGAUGAUUCUUCAAGUGAUGGCAGUGGAAGAAUGGACGUGAAGAUAUUUCCUGUUGAAAUUUCGGACGUGGAAGAAGAAGGCGAAGAAGAGCAGAAAAGUUGAGCUGGAAAGAACAACUUCUAAGCGGUGUUGGUAUUGGGAAAUUAUUCUAGAAAAGGUGGACAUGUUAUUUUGUGUUCCUAUUGGUUGUGGAAUUUUUUCCGUCUUUCCAUAUUUCUCUAUUUAGUUGUAGAUUUCUUCCUUUGGCUUUCAACCGGUAAUUUUGUUGUCCCUUCAUAUUGCCCGUUUUUGGAUAGUAAAAGAAGAAGAGCAUGGAAUCUCCCACAUUUAAUUUAUGAUGUAAGCACGGUAUAUUUUGUGUAUCGAUUUUGUUAUUCAGGUGACAACUGGUAACGAACGAUAUGUCAAGUGAUUUAUCUCGGAACUUUCCUGUGAUGCGAAAAGGUUGUUGAUUUUAGAAGUUCAAAAUUUGAAAUCUACCUUGACAAAACUUGGCAUUGGUUAUUAUUGUGGUUGAUUUCGUUGCAUAACGGAACUUCAGGCUGUUGAUUGAGCGGGUGGUUCUUUUUACAUGUCAUAAAUGUGAUACUCUCAGAGAUCCCGUUAUUGCGACGGAAUGGAUGCUCAGUAGAAAGACUUUUAAUAUUGUAAUUUUUCAUGUUCUUUCAAUGUGUUCUUGUGCCAACCGGCGGCAACGGAUUUUUGGUGAUAGUUACUGUAUUUGCAUUUUCGUGUCACGAAAAAAGAAAGGAAUGUGAUUCUACGAAAACGUUAUGGAAGGGAUGAAAUAAAAGCUCAGUGGGAGAAACGA